AUGGCGACCGGACGCGCCCCAAGCUCGACACCGGUGCCCACGACCGAGACGGCUGAGUCCGCCGGCGCGACGUCUACCGUCACGGCGCCAGAAUGGGAGGCCAUGGCCAACCUCCUCAAGAAUGUAUACGACUACAGGAUCGACGAUGGAACAUACGACCCUACCAAGCUCUUCCAGCGCAAAGUGAACAAGCGCGCCGUGCCCGACUACUACGAUAUCAUCAAGGAGCCCAUGGCCCUGAGUACGAUAAAGGCCAAGAUUGCGCAGCGAGAAUACAAGAACUUUUCCGAGUUCGUACGCGACCUGGCGCUCAUUCCCCACAAUGCGCAGGUGUACAACAGGCAGGACUCCCAGGCAUAUGUGGAUGCGCUUGAAGUAAAGAAGGUCAUCGAACGCGAGCUGAAGAGGCUAGUCGACGAUAAGAUCGUUCCUGAGACAGUCGCUACCCUGCCGUUUUUGGGAGAGAUUCCAGAACAAGACCCGCUGUUACCAGAGGAGGAAGAAGAGGAAGAGGAAGAUGACGAUGAAGAAGAACUUGAAGUGGACGAGGAAGAGGAUGAAGACGAAGAGGAUGAGGGCAAGCGCAAGAGGCGCCGCGGACCGCGGUCCACAGCAGCUAUCACCAAGCGCGAAGGCGGUUCAAGAGCAGCAAAGGAAGACGCCAAGGCCGACGAUCCAGAAUCGCGGAAGAAGCGCGGACGACCGCCGCGGGUCGACACUCCCAUGGAAGCGCGAAUCAAGACCAUUAUGAAAGCAAUCAGGAAACCGCGGAACCAACUCAACAAGCUCAUGGUGAGCGCAUUCGAGCGCGUCCCGGACAAGACAGUCAUGCCCGAGUAUCACUCUGAGAUCAAGAAUCCAAUGGCCAUGGACAUUCUCAAGCGCAAGCUCAAGCGAAAGAAGUACAACUCCGUCGAUCACUUCAUGGUCGAUGUAGAGCUCAUGUUCGAAAACGCAAAGCAGUACAACGAAGAGGACAGCCAGAUCUACAAAGACGCUGUGCAUCUCCAAAAGGAGUCGCGCAAGGUUGCAAAGGCCGAGAAGGAGAAGCCGGAUACCGAAUAUGUCAUGGAAGAAGGCCGUAUCCCUAUGCCCAGCGGCAUCGUUCACAACGGAGAGCUGUGGAAGGUCGGCGAUUGGGUGCACAUUCAGAACGCGAACGACCUUACAAAGCCGAUUGUUGCCCAGAUCUACCGCACUUGGCAAGACGCGAACGGUGGACAAUGGGUGAAUGCCUGCUGGUACUACCGCCCGGAGCAGACCGUGCACCGUUUUGACCGACACUUUUUCGAGAACGAAGUUGUCAAGACUGGCCAAUAUCGAGAUCACCGCAUCGACGAGGUCGUGGACCGAUGUUUCGUUAUGUUCAUCACCCGUUACAACAAGGGCCGUCCCCGCGACUUUCCUUCUGAUAAAGAGAUCUAUGUCUGCGAGGCUCGAUACAACGAAGAGAACCACAAGCUCAACAAGAUCAAGACAUGGGCCAGUUGCUUACCCGACGAAGUGCGAGACAAGGACUACGUAAUGGAUCUCUUCGAUGCGCCUCGAAAGUUGAAGAAGGUGCCCAGUCCGAUCGCGUACCUGCUCAAGGACGAGCAAAAGGAGGACGACGAUCUUCCAAAGCCAGAGUGGGGAGCUGAGAAUGCUCCCCCAAAGAUUGGCGCCGUGCAUCGUCGUCCGCGUGACCCCAAGGAUUCACCACCUCCCGAGCCCACCCCACCGCCGCCUCCGACACCUCCACCAGCACCCGCUAUGCCUACUCCAAGCUUACCCACGGCUUCGUCACAUGGCUACGACUCCUCGAGGAACUAUCCGAUUGCGCAAGCGCCGACUCUGACGCCAAUGCCUGCCCCUACACCGCAACAGCACCAUGUCGCGCCAGCGUACACACCAACCCAUGCGACACAUUACCAUACGCAUUCUCAGUCGCCCGCCCCUCAUAUGCACCCGCAGGCACCGCAAGCACCUGCCUAUCAACCUAUCACACCACAUGUGCCCUUUACACCCCAGCCAGCUGCGCCCAUGCAGGGUUUCCAAACACCGCGGGCCGCGCCAGGCUACCAACAACCGUAUCCACAGCAACUGCCGCUUAACUACAAGGCCCCGCAACCUGUGGAGGUCUACGUCAUGGCCGACCAUGCAAACGCCAGUAUACCGCUUGAGAUCCGCGAGCAGUUCCAGCGUGACGAAAAGGGCCGUAUCUUGUUCUUCACCGCGCCGCCGCUCAACGUGGAACAGCCGCUGACUAAGGAUGGGCGCGCAUUGGGACACUCGGCUCGUUAUCUCGCUGCUAAGGCAAAGAAGGAAGCUCUGAAGGCUUCGAAGCGUAAAGCUGGCGAGGUCAAUGUCGAUGAGCGUGACCAGGCAGCGAAAAAAGCCAAGGUUGAUGAGGAGGCAAAGUUCAAGAAAGCUGUCUCGGAACUCGGUACGAAAGCACUAAAGGCAUUGGAGGACCAGCUCGCCAUCGCUACGAAGACGGAUCUGGAGGGUCUUUUCAACGGCCAGACUGAAGAAGGCAUCUCCGCGGUUCUGGAUCAGCUCACCACCGCGCAGAAGAUGGCCGUGCAGCGGGAAUUGGAGCGUGAGAUACACAUCAAGGAGCGCGAGGAAAGUAGGAUGACAGCAGUCACCGGUAUGACGGCGAGAUUGGAGGAGAAGUACUAA